ACCGUCAGCGCCCCCUCCCCCCUACCACCCAUAUCGGAAAGUGUCAGAGCCAAAAAAAAUUAAUAUGCCGCAUGCGGCGGCGGCGGCAGCGGCAAAAGACUUCAGUCCCCUGACUGCCAGAUGAAUAAUGCAGUAUGCUUCAUGCUUUUUAUGAAACUGAACAUUACAUAGCUGGGACAAAUCAGCUCGACUUUGUGUAUUGGUUCAGAGGAUUGAAAAUGGGCCUGUAACGAUGUUUGGGAUACCAUGAGCAGUGUCACACUACGCUAUUUCUGCUAUGGGUGCCUCUUCACAUCAGUGACCUGGACCCUAUUCCUGUUCAUCUACUUCAACUUGAACAACGAAGGCUACACUUUUGGCAAUGUGCCCUUUGAGGGGAACCAGCACGCGCAGUGGAGAUUCCAGCCACGAGUUACUAAAGGCCCCGUACGACUGCUUGAAUCUCGGCACCAUGGUAAUAUAGACAAUCAGUAUAUGAAACAAAUGCCAAGCAAUUUAGAGAGAAAAUUAUCACUGUCUUCAGAACUAGGUAUGAUUUUCAAUGAAGCAGAUCAACAGAUUCGAGAUGCUGGAUACCAGAAACAUGCUUUCAAUGUGCUUGUUAGUAAUCGUUUGGGCUACAGUAGAGAUAUUCCUGAUACCAGAAACCAAAAGUGUAAAGAAAAGAACUAUCCACUGAAUUUACCUUCUGCCAGUGUUGUUAUCUGCUUUUAUAAUGAAGCAUUAUCAGCUCUGCUGCGGACAGUACAGAGUGUGUUGAAUCGUUCUCCAGCGAACCUGCUGCAUGAAAUUAUACUUGUGGAUGACAGCAGUGAUUUCAUUAAUCUAAAAGGUGAGCUGGAGGAUUAUAUACGCAAUAGUUUGCCUAGAAAAGUGAAACUUGUUAGAAAUGCUGGACGAGAGGGCUUGAUACGAGGUAGAAUGAUUGGAGCAUCCCGUGCAACAGGAGAUGUUCUAGUGUUUCUUGACAGUCACUGUGAGGUGAAUGAGAUGUGGUUACAACCGCUUCUGGCUCCAAUUAUGCAGGAUCGCAAGACAGUGGUGUGUCCAGUGAUUGACAUCAUCAAUGCUGACACACUAAUCUACAGUUCUUCCCCAGUUGUGAGGGGUGGAUUUAACUGGGGUCUACAUUUCAAGUGGGAUCCAUUGCCUGCCUCAAUGCUGAAUGGACAAGAGGGACCGACUGCAGCAAUCAAGUCACCAACAAUGGCAGGGGGACUAUUUGCAAUGAACAGGAAUUACUUUAUCGAGCUUGGGCAAUACGACAGUGGUAUGGAUAUUUGGGGAGGAGAAAAUCUAGAAAUUUCAUUUCGGAUUUGGAUGUGUGGUGGCAAGCUGGAAAUAAUUCCGUGCUCUCGGGUUGGGCAUAUUUUCCGUAAACGCCGACCGUAUGGUUCACCUAGAGGACAGGACACAAUGACACAUAAUUCUCUUCGACUGGCGCAUGUCUGGAUGGAUGAGUAUAAAGAACAAUUCUUUGCCCUGAGGCCUGAGCUGAGAAUCCAAAAUUAUGGUGAUAUCAGUGAACGAGUUCAGUUGAGAAGAAGGCUCAAUUGUAAAUCAUUUAAAUGGUAUCUGGACAAUGUGUACCCAGAGAUGCAAAUUUUUGGACCAGAUGGAAAAGCCAGAGUACAACAACCAUUGUUAAUUAACAAAGCUGUGAAGCGGCCAACAGUUCUCCAGCGUGGAAGGAUACGGCACCUGCAGACAGCCAAGUGUAUCAGUGCCCAGAGCCAUCCCAGCCAGAAAGCAGGAAUAGUGGUGCUCAAGGAAUGUGACUUAACAGAUCCAGAUCAGAUUUGGGUUUAUGAUGAAGAACAUGAACUGAUUCUGGCCAACCUUCUCUGCUUGGAUGUGGCAGAGACUCGCUCAUCAGAUCCUCCACGUCUCAUGAAGUGUCACGGGUCUGGGGGAUCACAACAGUGGACUUUAGGGGAAAAUAACUGCAUAUAUCAAGUGUCAGCUGGACAGUGUCUUCAAGUGGUAGAUCCUGGUGACAUCAAGGGAUAUAUCAUGAUGGCAAUUUGUAAUGGCUCUGCAGGACAGCAGUGGCAGAUGGAGAGUUGAUUUUUGGAGGGAACCUUCGGAAAUGUUUUAUGAAGAUUGACUUAAGAAUUAUACCUUCCACUGAAAGCAUUACUCAGGAGCAGGAAAAGCUGACAGUUCCAAUUUUCACAGAAAAAGCAGGAAACUGGUGGCAGAUCCUUACCUCAGUGUCUCAACUUGCUGAUUAUAAUGAUUUACAAUAGUAAUUUUAUCAUAAAAUAUUUUUCUAUUUUAGCUUCAGAUUUUGUUCUAUGAUUCUCUGACAUCACAAGUUGUUUAGAAUUGUCUAAAUAACCAUAUUUAAAUAAUUAUUUAUGAUUUUACUUGUUCUUUCCAAUGAUUGUUGCAUUCAUCUGUGUUUAUCAAUUAUUGCCAAUUUUUUUUUAAAAAUCAUGUUUACAGUAGAUAAUAUGAAUCAUGUUCGAGUAGAGCAUUUAUAUUGAAGCUAUAAUCAUCUACCAUUAUGUUUGUAUGAAACAUAGUUUUGUCAAUGCUAUCUAUUAUGAAAUAUAUUUUUAAAAGAUCAUAUGAAAUCUUUCACCUAUGAACACUUGGUUGAAUCUUUUAAAUUGAUACUUGUGAAAAUGUUAGACUAUUUGUGUAUAGUCUGAUAACUUAAUGAUUUUUGCUCUGAUAUGUUAUCAUAAGCAAUUUGUGUCCAAUUUUGAAAGUAGCUAUUUAAAUCCUUCAGAUCUAUUUAAAAUUGCAAUUCUUAAAAGAGAAAAAGACACCUUUGUUGUAUUUGAGAAUGCUGCUGAGACCUUACUUUCAUUUUAUCAUUAUUGAGAUGCUGAUAAAUGAUAAAUCAUUUAAAGAAAGUGAACUACAGAACCAGUUUUGAACCGCUGCACAAUAGAUUUAUUUUGAAUCGAAAAUUAUGUCAUCCUUUUGUCAUCCACUGAUGAGAACAUGGACUCUUCCUGAGGACCAACAAACACCGUAUCUCUCUAUAUUUCCCUUCAGAAUAUUACUUCAUAAGCAAACAAGGUCCUUUGACGUUGAUGUCAAUAAUUGCAAUGGUACCAUGGCUUUGAUGGUAAUUUGACUCACAGGCAGUAAUCACUUGGACUUUAUCAAAGCCUCCCUGUUGUAGUGAAUUGGUCUUUAGCCUACCCACAACAUUUCUGGCACUUCCACCUUAUUUCAGUACCUCACUUUAUUUUUCCCCUCCAACAUCUCUCUGAAAUCUAUUUUCUGCUAAGCUUGAAUUUUCUAUUCAAGUCACACAGAAAAUUUGCCACUCCUGAGAUUUCCUCACCGUUUUCCUUCCUCAUCCUCUUCAGUAAGCAACAUCUCAACCUUAGCGAUUUCAAUUUCCACAUCAUUUCUUUACUUCUUUCCCUC